UUUUAGUACUAGUUUUUCCAUGCUUGAAUUUUUGGUAUCGGAAUGUUUGCGGUUAAAAGAUAUUUCGAUAGCAAUCCAUCCCUUAGAGUCGGCCAUCACCAGCAUCGGAAAUCAUUAAUAAUGUAUUGGUAAUCUCGUAUCGAUUGAGCAUGUUCCAAGAUGGCGUCCGUGUCGGCUGUUGUUCCUCAAGCAACAGCCCUUUUUAACGGCAAUCUACCUCCUUUAAACAAAUCCCAAGCAGGAGGUUUCGACGCUGAUUUUGUCACUCCUGUCCACAUUGAUUAUCAGUGCCCGAUUUGUCAGCUACCGUUCAGAGAGCCCGUUCAAACCCGAGACUGUGGCCAUCGAUUCUGUGAGUCUUGCCUUGAACCCAUCUUGAGGAAACCACCAUCUCUUUGUCCAAUCGAUCGGAGGACUAUUUCUCGCGAUAAGGUUUAUCCUGAUAAAGCCUGCAAACGAACAGUGCUGUCUCUGUCUGUUAGAUGCUAUAACAGUGGUACAGAUUGUUUUUGGUCAGGAGAACUUGGAAAUCUUGCAGCACAUCUAGAAGCUUGUAAACAUGUUCCAAUCAAAUGUAUUAACAACUGUGGUAAAACAGAUAUUGCUAGAGAAGAGAUGGCAGCCCAUAUAGAUGUUGAUGGGGACUGUCCAUUAGCCAUUGUACCAUGUAAAUAUCAUGAUAUAGGAUGUAAGAUCAAGGUUAAAAGGUCAGAUAUGGACAAACACCUUGAAGAUUGUAUGCCUUCUCAUCUGGACAUGGCUCAUAUUAGAAUAAAGGAAUUAGAACAACGACAGGAAAAGGUCUGCACAAAUGGCAAAUUCUUAUGGAAAAUAUCCAACUAUUACCAACUUUACCAACAGUCAGCUACCAAAAAGGAUAAAGAAAAGUUAUGUAGUCCACCAUUCUAUUCAGGACAGUAUGGAUAUAAAUUACGGGCCGAAGCAUUCUUAAAUGGACUAGGACAAGGAAAAGGGACGCAUUUAUCACUUUAUGUUGUUAUUAUGAAAGGAGAUUACGAUGCCGUGCUACCGUGGCCAUUUCAACAGAGAGUAGAUUUCAUCCUCAUUGACCAAGAUGAUGAUUUUAACAAUCGUCAGAACAAACCUUGGCGACUUACUUGCGACAGGAAUAGUGAUUAUUUUGGGAAACCGAAUAAAGCAAAAAGCUUAGGCUUUGGUUGCCCCAAGUUUGUUUCACAAGAAACUCUUAAAACUAGAAAUUAUAUUAGAGACAAUACAGUUUUUAUCAUGAUAGAAGUAGAACCACUUGAGUUGUGAGUAUUACAAUAGAAGUGAUUUAUUUUAUAAUUAGAAUUAUUAUAAUAGGCCUUAUUACCUUGGGCAUAAUGUUUUCCCCCUUCGGAACAUGUACCAUUCUCUGGAGUAUCAUUUCUUUGUUUAGGAGUUGUGUAUGAGAAGACACGAAUGUGAAUACAACUGAAGCAAUAAAUCUAUUAUUCUCAAGAGAGUGACACAUGCGGUUUGAAAUGGGAAAAUGUAUAGAGGCUUUGCACCAUCACGUGACGGCAGCCAUGUUAGAUGGCAGGAACAAUACAACCACAGGCAGUCCAAGCUGGAUUAUGGCACCAGCACGUGAUGGUGCAAAACCUCUAUUGCACCCAAGCUAGAGGUCUAUUUAACUGCCUAUUGUCUGGAAGAUGUUGGAAGCUUAAAGUUCCUUUGAAUAUGAGACUCCAGCUGGACGAUUUUAUAAAGGGCAGGCAAAAAAAAAUUUAAUUUUCAAAUCAUUAGUCUAUUUUCUUGUUUGGUAAAUAUAUUAACAAGGGUUGCUUUAAUUUUCCUUGCAACACAAGCAUAAUUAACAUACACAGAAGUAGUGCGGUAGGGCUCCUUUAAUGCGUCUGAUGAAAGGCAAUCAUUGCUAUUUAAGAGCAAUGCACAUCUGUGGGGUAGGGGAGAGGUAGGAGAUAUCUAACAAGAGGCUAUGCUGAUUCAUUAUUGAUCAGAUCUACAUCGAAAUCUUCAAAAAAGUAUAUAAUUGAUAUGUAAAAAAAUUUGGUGUCAUAUUUAUAUAAUUAAGUUACAGGAUAAAUCAAAUAUAUUUUGCUUAAAGUGCUUAUAACUAA